GACGUUGCUGGAAUCAUGGUUGGCGAUCGUACAGGUGCACGAGAAAUUGUGAUUCGUAGGAGAAAUAAUAAUCUUCAGUUCAUUGCUGAUACAGACCGUUCACAUGACGCUCUCCAAUAUCCGCUAAUCUUCUGGAAGGGACAAGACGGAUAUAGCAUAAAUAUUAAACAACGAGAUCCCGUAUCAGGAGCUGAAACAAACAAGAACGUUAGCUCGAAGGAUUAUUAUGCGUAUAGAUUGAUGAUUAGACGCGGGCUGGAUAACGUCAUUCUACGAUUUCGAGAGCUUUGUCAACAAUUCAUGGUCGACAUGUACGCGAAGAUAGAAGGCGAACGACUACGAUACUUACGAUAUAAUCAACUCAAGCUACGUGUGGAAGAGUACAUUCACUUGCGAGACGCUAUUGUCAACAACGCCGACGCUGGAAGGUCGAAAUUGGUAACUCUGUCAUUCUACCAUCAUCGUACGUAGGCAGUCCACGUCAUAUGCAAGAGUAUAUACAGGAUGCUCUGACUUUCGUGCGCGAAUAUGGGUGACCGUGUUUAUUUAUCACGUUCACAUGUAAUCUAAAAUGGCCAGAGAUUACAUCUUUGCUGUUGCCUGGCCAAAAUGCAAUACAUCGUCAUGACAUUACAGCACGUGUGUUUAGACAAAAGCUGAAGUCAUUAAUAAAUU